UCGAGCACCAAAGCCCAAACUGGAACCUCGGCUCCGCGCAUUACAACAUAUCACCCCAUCACCCUGCACUCCAUAUAUACGCCGCGCCGUCACUCGACUGCACCCAGCAAUGCCACAGUAACCUCGAACACGCCCCAAUGCCCGCUGCCGACUUCGCCGCCGCCCAGGAACGCAUCGCCCUGCGCCGCGCCCAACGAGCCGCCGCCGCCCGCAGCCAUGAAUCUCCACAGCCCGCGGCGCGCGCCUUCACGCGGCUGCCCUUUCCCUUCAGCCGGCUCAGCACCGCAGGGCUAAGCGCCUGGGACGCGGUCAAAGGGCGCGGAGGCACGCGUCCCGAGUUCCGCGUCGGCCAGGUCGACGCCGAGCUGCUCGACGACGAGCUGCUCGAGCUGCUAAAGGGCCAAGUAGGCGAGGCGCUGAAGUACUUCGGGACGCACGUGACCGACACAUACUCGGCCGAGAUCCUGCUGGCACUGCGCGCGGUGCUGUUCAAGCUCAGCAUCUGGAACAACAACGCGAGCUACGGCGCCCUCCUCCAGGGUCUGCGCUACACGGACGCGCGCUCGUCGGCUCCGAACCGGCCGCCCCCGAAGCCCUGGCAGAAAGCGGCAUACGGCGCCAUCACCAUCGGCGGCCGCUACGCCUGGAGCAAGUGGGAGGCCCACCUGCUCGGCGCCUCGGACGACUACACGCUCGCGCCGAACCCCAACCUGGCGUUCCUCUCGCGCGUGACCGAGCAGGCCGCGAACCUGCACGACACGGCCUCGCUCGCCUCGUUCCUCGUGUUCCUCGUCAACGGGCGCUACCGGACGCUCACCGACCGGCUGCUACGACUGAGGCUCACGCCGACAAGCCACAGCACGAGCCGCGAGGUCUCCUUUGAGUAUCUCAACCGGCAGCUCGUCUGGCACGCCUUCACCGAGUUCCUGCUCUUCCUGCUCCCGCUCGUGGGCAUCUCGCGCUGGCGGCGUAUCCUCUCGCGCUCGCUGCGCCGUCUGCGCAGCGCGUUCCUCUCGCUCCUCGGGCGCCACCCCAGCUCCUCUUCCGACGGCGGAGACGCCGACGAGAGCAGGCAAGCAGGCGCGCUGGGCUUCCUCCCAGAACGCACAUGCGCCAUCUGCCACCUCGACCAGAACCCGACAUCCUCGGCGUCGGCGUCGGAGGUGACCGCGUCCGCCGGCGGCGUCGUCGGAUCCGCGGCCACGGACACGACCAACCCGUACGCGGCCGACUGCGGGUGCGUGUACUGCUUCGCGUGCAUCGCGCAGCGCAUCGCCAACGAAGAAGGGGAGGGGUGGGUGUGUCUCCGGUGCGGCGCGACGGUGCUCGAGUGCGCGCCGUGGAGCGGGGACGUGCUGGAACCCUCGCGGCGCGCGCAGAGCAGCGCGCAUGGCGAGGACCGGCCGGGCACGCGAGAGGGCGGCAAGAGCGUGCUCUUCGCGCAGGACGAGAGAGGCGUGGACGACAGCCUCACGCACGUGGAGCCCAUGCCCCAGCAUCAGGGCGACGGCUACGGCUACGGACACGACGAGGCGGUCGACGUGACGGCCGAUGCGCUGCUGGAGAAGACGCGCGGGCUCGAUCUCGGCGAGAGCCUGGCCUUUACCGAGCGCGACGAGUGGGCGCGGGAGAGCGAGCGCAGCAGCGACAGCGAGCGCAGCAGCGACGAUGAGCAGAGCGAGGAGUACGACGAGGACGAGGAGGCCGAGGGCGAGGAGUUGGAGGGUGGGGAUUUGGAUUUGGAUUUCGAGGGGCAGUGAGCAGCAAAGGCACUGGACGCAUUGAACGGAGGCUUGGGGUGAGUGUCAGCUGACAUGUAAGAGCUGAGCGAGUCUGGUCGAGUCUGGUCGAGUGUGAGCUGGUCUGGUCGAGUGUGAGCUGGUCUGGUCGAGUGUGAGCUGGUCUGGUCGAGUGUGAGCGAUCUGAGCGAGUCUGAUUGAGAUACCAUGUUGAUCAUUGCAUGUAAUACCGGCGCAGGAGCGAAUGCACAGUACUUUCUAUUGCCGUCU